AUGAUUUUACACACCCAAUUUUGGAACGCGGGUCGCGGUAUUGUCUUUACUGCAGGCGAUCAACAGGCACCCUACGUACUUACUUCGAUUCAAUCUAUUCGGGAGCUGGGGUGUGAUUUACCAAUUGAAGUUAUGUAUCUCGGAAAUGAUGACCUGGGUGAGGACUUCAGGGAAGAGUUGGAAUCUAUACCAGGUAUGAUUACACGGGAUUUGAACCCAAUGGUCUCCGAUGAAGGAUGGAAAUUAAGAGGGUGGGCUGCAAAGCCUUUCGCCAUUCUUCUGUCAAGCUUUCGAGAAGCGAUAUUCAUUGAUGCCGAUUCGCUUUUUCUUCAAAACCCGGAAGAGUUAUUCCGGUACCGACUUUACCAAAAGACUGGUGCAUUAUUUUUCAAGGACCGACUCUUUAUGCCUGGAUCCAAGAAGGCGUGGUUAAGGAAUAUCCUACCGUCCCCUAUUUCCAAGCAGGCUAGGAAGAGUCGAUUCUGGACGGGGGAAAGUAUUCACAUGCAAGAGUCUGGAGUUGUGGUUGUCGAUAAGUGGAGGCAUUUUGUUGCACUUCUCAUGGUGACACGAAUGAAUGGGCCGGAUCGUGACGGAAAGAAAUCUGAAGACCAAGUCGGUGUAUAUGAUAUGGUAUUCGCAGGAGAUAAAGAAACAUUUUGGUUGGGUUGGGAGCUCGUUGGAGAUACUGACUAUGCCUUUCAUGAAGGUGAUGCUGCUGUCAUGGGAAUGGUAGAAGUGAACCCAAAAUAUGGUUUACCGAGAGCUAACGGAACCAAAGGAGGUCAGGAUCUCCAGUUUACCAUCUGUGCGCCGCAGUUAUUACACCUAGGUGUUGACGGCCACCCACUAUGGUUUAAUGGGUGGAUACUUCCGAACAAGUUCUCUCAUGUUGAACAUCAGCAGCCUGGUCAAUUCGACGCGUUUAUUCGCGAACCUGGUGCAGUUGGUGGCACUGGAUCUUGGAGACUUGAGAAGAAUAAUGUCUGCUGCCUGUCAGCGAACCAUAUAUCCAACUUUACCUAUGCCGAAAAGGAGACUUUGGGAAGAGCAAUUGAGAUUGCGAAGGAUGUUGGUGCCAUUUAG